UCUGUGAAUUUGUGAUAAAAAAAAAACAAUCAGAGUCAUUCAAAAUGGCUACCACGAAUGACUCCAAGGCGCCUUUGCGCCAAGUAAAAAGAGUACAAUUUGGUAUAUUAUCGCCAGAUGAAAUCCGUCGUAUGUCAGUCACAGAAGGGGGCAUCCGCUUCCCGGAAACGAUGGAAGGUGGACGACCCAAAUUCGGGGGUCUCAUGGACCCUCGACAAGGGGUGAUAGACCGCAGCUCCCGUUGCCAGACCUGUGCGGGGAACAUGACAGAAUGCCCUGGACAUUUUGGACACAUUGAUUUAGCCAAGCCAGUCUUCCACAUUGGCUUCAUUACAAAGACCAUCAAAGUUCUAAGAUGUGUUUGUUUUUACUGCUCAAAGCUACUAGUUAGCCCCACUAAUCCAAAAAUCAAAGAAGUAGUCAUGAAAUCAAAAGGACAGCCUCGUAAAAGGUUAACUUAUGUCUAUGAUCUGUGCAAAGGAAAAAAUAUUUGUGAGGGUGGAGAAGACAUGGACAUAGGCAAGGAGGGAGAGGAGGGUAAGAAGGGCUCUGGGCACGGAGGUUGUGGGCACUACCAGCCCUCCAUCCGGCGCCAGGGUCUGGACCUCACGGCUGAAUGGAAACACGUCAAUGAAGACUCACAAGAAAAGAAGAUAAUCAUCACAGCUGAACGAGUGUGGGAAAUACUUAAACAUAUCACAGAUGAGGAGUCUUUCAUUCUUGGAAUGGAUCCUAAAUUUGCUAGACCAGAUUGGAUGAUAGUGACAGUAUUGCCUGUCCCACCAUUGUCAGUACGUCCGGCAGUUGUUAUGUUUGGGGCUGCUAAAAAUCAAGACGAUUUGACCCACAAACUUGCUGACAUCAUCAAAUCCAAUAAUGAAUUGCUGAGAAAUGAACAGUCUGGAGCCGCCACCCAUAUAUUAGCAGAAAAUAUAAGAAUGCUACAGUUUCAUGUUGCAACAUUUGUAGAUAAUGACAUGCCUGGAAUGCCUAAAGCUAUGCAGAAAUCAGGAAAACCACUCAAAGCUAUCAAAGCACGUUUAAAAGGAAAGGAAGGAAGAAUCAGAGGAAACCUUAUGGGAAAACGUGUUGACUUCUCGGCGCGAACUGUCAUCACCCCAGACCCUAACCUGCGUAUUGACCAAGUAGGAGUUCCACGAUCCAUCGCACAGAACCUGACAUUCCCGGAGUUAGUAACACCCUUCAAUAUAGACAGGAUGCAAGAGCUAGUGCGUCGUGGUAACGCUCAGUACCCGGGAGCCAAGUACAUCGUCCGUGACAAUGGAGAGCGUAUCGACUUGCGUUUCCACCCUAAAACAUCAGACUUGCAUUUGCAAUACGGUUACAAAGUCGAGCGACACUUGAGAGACGACGACCUUGUCAUCUUCAACCGACAGCCAACUCUACACAAAAUGAGUAUGAUGGGCCACAGAGUAAAGGUUCUGCCGUGGUCUACUUUCCGUAUGAACCUAAGUUGUACUUCUCCCUACAACGCUGAUUUUGACGGUGACGAAAUGAACUUGCACGUUCCGCAAUCGAUGGAGACUCGUGCUGAAGUCGAAAACAUUCACAUUACACCGCGUCAAAUUAUCACACCUCAGGCUAACAAACCCGUCAUGGGUAUCGUGCAGGACACACUUACUGCGGUACGAAAGAUGACCAAACGAGAUGUAUUUCUUACCAAAGAACAGGUUAUGAACCUUUUGAUGUUUUUGCCGACAUGGGAUGGCAAAAUUCCUCAGCCUUGCAUCUUGAAGCCGCAGCCCCUUUGGACAGGAAAACAGAUAUUUACGCUGAUCAUUCCUGGAAACGUCAACAUGAUUCGAACACAUUCCACACAUCCAGAUGAAGAAGAUGAUGGUCCAUACAAGUGGAUAUCUCCCGGAGACACCAAAGUAGUAGUGGAACAUGGAGAGCUGCUCAUGGGUAUUCUCUGUAAGAAGUCACUUGGUGCGUCAGCCGGGUCUCUGCUGCAUAUUUGCAUGUUGGAGCUGGGACACGAAACUGCUGGUAGAUUCUACGGAAAUAUUCAAACUGUCAUCAACAACUGGCUAUUAUUGGAGGGUCACUCUAUCGGUAUUGGAGACACAAUUGCCGAUCCCCAAACAUACCAGGAAAUUCAGAGGGCCAUUGUGAAGGCCAAGGAUGAUGUCAUAGAGGUCAUUCAAAAGGCCCACAACAUGGAGUUGGAACCCACCCCCGGUAACACACUGAGGCAGACUUUCGAGAAUCAAGUGAAUCGUAUUCUGAACGACGCUCGUGACAAGACCGGAGGGUCAGCUAAGAAGUCCCUGACUGAGUACAAUAACCUCAAGGCUAUGGUGGUGUCAGGUUCAAAGGGUUCCAACAUUAACAUUUCUCAGGUUAUUGCUUGUGUAGGCCAGCAGAACGUUGAAGGUAAGAGAAUUCCUUUCGGUUUUCGUAAGAGGACCUUGCCCCACUUCAUCAAGGACGAUUACGGCCCUGAGUCGAGAGGAUUCGUCGAGAACUCGUACCUCGCCGGCCUGACGCCGUCAGAGUUCUACUUCCACGCUAUGGGAGGACGAGAAGGUCUUAUCGAUACUGCUGUCAAAACUGCCGAAACUGGUUACAUCCAGCGUCGUUUGAUCAAGGCUAUGGAGUCUGUAAUGGUUCACUACGAUGGAACCGUGCGUAACUCGGUCGGACAACUCAUUCAGUUGAGAUACGGCGAGGACGGGCUGGCGGGAGAGACGGUAGAGUUCCAGAACAUGCCUACGAUCAAGCUGUCCAACAAAGCCUUUGAAAAGAAGUUCAAAUUUGACCCGUCAAAUGAAAGAUAUUUGAAGAGAAUAUUCAAUGAAGAUAUCAUCAAGGAGUUAACAGAAUCUGGUUAUGUGAUUGCUGAUCUUGAGAGUGAGUGGGAACAGCUCAGCAAGGAUCGAGCAGCUCUGAGACAAAUCUUCCCGAGUGGUGAAUCAAAGGUGGUACUGCCUUGCAACUUCAAGAGGAUGAUUUGGAAUGUACAAAAGAUUUUCCACAUUAACAAGAGAAUGCCCACGGAUUUGAGUCCAAUUAAGGUUAUUCAGGGUGUCAAAGACUUGCUACAAAAAUGUAUAAUCGUAGCUGGUGAGGAUCGCUUGUCCAAACAAGCCAACGCGAACGCCACAUUGCUGUUCCAGUGCCUCGUCAGAUCUACGCUCUGCACCAAAUUCGUGUCCGAAGAGUACAGGCUCUCGAGUGAAGCGUUUGCAUGGUUGAUCGGAGAAAUCGAAACGAGAUUCCAGCAGGCUCAAGUGAACCCUGGUGAGAUGGUAGGCGCGCUGGCCGCCCAGUCGCUCGGAGAGCCCGCCACUCAAAUGACACUGAACACUUUCCAUUUCGCUGGUGUGUCGUCCAAGAACGUAACCCUCGGUGUGCCGCGUCUGAAGGAAAUCAUCAACAUCUCCAAGAAACCCAAGGCUCCCUCUCUAACAGUGUUCUUGACGGGAGGAGCGGCCCGUGACGCUGAAAAAGCCAAGAAUGUGUUGUGUAGACUGGAACACACCACGCUGCGGAAAGUCACCGCAAACACGGCCAUCUACUACGACCCUGACCCACAAAACACAGUGAUCGCUGAGGAUCAAGAGUUCGUCAAUGUUUACUAUGAAAUGCCUGACUUUGACCCGACCAAGAUCUCACCAUGGCUGCUGCGUAUUGAAUUGGAUCGUAAGAGAAUGACAGACAAAAAGUUGACCAUGGAACAGAUUGCCGAAAAGAUUAAUGCAGGUUUCGGCGAUGACUUGAACUGUAUCUUUAACGACGACAACGCUGAGAAACUUGUACUCCGUAUCAGGAUUAUGAACAACGAGGAGAGCAAGUUCCAGGACAAUGAAGAAGAGACCGUGGACAAGAUGGAGGAUGACAUGUUCCUGCGGUGUAUUGAGGCUAACAUGCUGUCAGACAUGACGCUACAGGGCAUAGAAUCCAUCGCGAAAGUGUACAUGCAUUUACCACAGACGGAGGCCAAGAAGCGUAUCAUUAUUACUGAACAGGGAGAGUUCAAGGCUAUCGCCGAGUGGCUGCUGGAAACGGACGGUACUUCCCUCAUGAAGGUACUUUCUGAGCGUGACGUCGACCCGGUCAGGACAUUCAGUAACGACAUUUGCGAGAUCUUCCAAGUACUGGGUAUCGAGGCUGUCCGUAAGUCCGUAGAGAAGGAAAUGAACGCUGUGUUGCAGUUCUACGGUCUCUACGUGAACUACCGUCACUUGGCUCUGCUUUGUGACGUCAUGACCGCUAAGGGUCACUUGAUGGCCAUCACCCGUCACGGUAUCAACAGGCAGGACACCGGAGCGCUGAUGAGAUGCUCCUUCGAAGAAACCGUCGAUGUGUUGUUGGACGCGGCCAGUCACGCUGAAGUCGACCCUAUGAGGGGAGUGUCUGAGAACAUUAUUAUGGGACAACUGCCGCGCAUGGGAACAGGUUGUUUCGAUUUGCUUCUCGACGCGGAGAAGUGUAAGCACGGUAUGGAGAUGGGUGGUCUGGGCGUCGGCAUGGGCGUCGCUGGCGGCAUGUACUUCGGAGUAGGCACCCCGUCCAUGACGCCGCUCAUGACGCCGUGGUCUACGCAGAACACGCCCGGAUACGGCAGCAGCGUAUGGUCGCCUGGUCAAGUUGGAAGCAGCAUGACGCCUGGUGGACCAUCAUUCUCGCCGUCCGGAGCGUCAGAUGCGUCUGGUCUAUCGCCUGCCUACAGCAGCGCGUGGUCCCCGCAGCCUGGCUCCCCGGGCUCCCCGGGGCCCCCGCUGUCCCCCUACGCGUCCCCCGCCGGGGCUUCCCCCUCCUACUCCCCUACCAGCCCCGUGUACGCCCCCGCCUCUCCCAGCCUCACCCCUGCGUCCCCACAUUACUCCCCCACGAGUCCAAACUACUCGCCAACAUCGCCCAAUUAUUCACCGACGUCGCCCAUCUAUUCGCCAACGUCGCCUAGCUACUCCCCGACUUCGCCCGGGUAUUCACCGACGUCGCCGUCGUACUCGCCGACGUCUCCCAGCUACUCCCCGACUUCGCCCAGUUACUCUCCGACUAGCCCGGCCUAUUCGCCAACAUCGCCGAGUUACUCGCCAACAUCUCCGAGCUACUCGCCUACGAGUCCGUCGUACUCUCCGACCAGCCCUUCGUACUCGCCUACUAGUCCGGCAUACUCUCCGACAUCGCCAGGCUAUUCGCCGUCCUCGCCUAGUUACUCCCCGACUAGCCCGGUAUACAGCCCGGCGUCGCACAGCUACUCCCCGUCCUCGCCUAACUACACGCCGACAUCGCCGGUGUACUCCCCGACGAGUCCCUCUUACUCUCCGACAUCGCCAUCCUACUCCCCGGCGUCGCCAAGAUACUCCCCGUCGUCGACCAAGUAUUCACCGACGUCUCCCAACUAUUCCCCCACUUCGCCUUCAGUAUCCGGCGGCAGUCCCAACUACUCACCCACAAGUCCUCAGUACUCGCCCACCGGGUCGCAGUACUCGCCUACUAGCCCGGCCUACUCGCCGUCGUCCCCGCAACACCCGGAGAGCACGCGCUACUCCCCAUCCUCGCCUAACUACUCUCCAUCUUCACCUAACUACUCCCCGUCGUCGCCAGGUUAUUCCCCGACUUCGUCCAAGUAUUCCCCCACCCUGCCGACCUACACCCCCACUUCGCCCAACUACUCCCCGUCCUCCCCUGCCUACUCCCCUCAGUCGUCCUCUGGGCCGACUACCUACUCUCCCACUUCACCCACUUACUCCCCAACGUCGCCGUCUUGUGACGAAAGUGAUGAUUAGAUGCUUAAUAUUUAUGAGCUAUAUUCCUUUUCUUUUAUUGUAUUACACAUUAAGCGUUACGUUACAUUGGAUAAGAUACAAAGAGUACUUCUGUACUGGACAACAGACGGAACGAUGAUAAUGUAUGAGACUGGAGUUCUUGUUUUUGAAUUUAUUUUUACUUGAUUUAAAUAUAGAUUAUAACUUGGAUCUAGGUUAAGAAUUAAAUACUUACUUAUUUGCAAAUGAUGUAUGUAAAUAAAUAAAUGUUUUGAAAAUAAA